UUUUAGGUUAUGUUUAUGUCACGUUUCAAUUUCAACAUUUCAAGACAUCCAAGACAUGUAGUUUAUUACCGGUACUAUUUUGAAGUCCCUAUAAUAUUUAGCAAUUAUAUUUUAUAGAUAGAAAGUGUUAUUCCUGAUGGAUAAAUUAACUGACAAACUGAAAUCUCCUACAAUUCGGCAAAUCCUUUUGACUGGAUCUCCUGGAGUUGGAAAGACAACUUUGGUUGCUGGGGUCUGCUCAGUUUUGUCAAACAGUCAGAUAUCUUUGAAAGGAUUCUACACUCAGGAAUCACGAAUUGGUUCUUCAAGAGUAGGAUUCGACGUUAUAACUGUAGAUAAGCAGCAUCAAGGAACUCUUGCAAGGAAGUUUCAAGGUAAUAGUGCUCAAAGAAAGCCAAGAGUUGGACCGUAUGAAGUGGAUUUGGCAUCUUUUGAAUCAGUCGCCUUACCAGCUUUGAAAAAGGGAUCACUGAGUGAAAACAAAAACAGUGUUAUGAUAAUUGAUGAAAUCGGCAAGAUGGAAAUGUUCAGCAGACAAUUCGAAAAUUUGGUAAGAGAAAUAUUUAAAGAUGAUAGUUGCAUAGUUUUGGCAACUGUUCCAAGUAUGGCUAGAUUACCGCUUGUUGAAAGUCUUAAGGCGUUGGAUUCAUCUUUCCUCGUUGAAGUGACUAGAGAAAAUAGGGAUGAAUUGAGUGCUUGCCUGGCACAUGCUUUAAAAACUAAAUUGGAAACUGGAAAAAAAUAGUAUAUUAAGCUCUAUUACUUUGUGUCUGAUGAGUUUAGUUCAAAUAUAUUUAUUCAAGAGAU